GCUGAGACUCUUACAUUUCUCUUUUUUGAGCUUGCUGAUAUCAUGCAUCUUGAUUCCCAGAACAAAGUCUUCCAUGAUUUUUUUCAUGUAAUGAGGCUUGCGUACGGCGUUUCCACGGAAGCAGAUGCCAGAAAUAGCAGCCAAGCAUGCGACGACGGGCGUUGUCUCCGUCUGGGUACUGAGUCGUACGCUCAGCCGCACUCUUCGCAGUGAAGUUCUCGUCCCAGGCUGUCGUGAUGUACUCCUGCUUAUAGUUCUCGCGCUACAGCUGUUUUCUGUCGUACUGCUUUCCCCCGUUUUCGUGUUCUUCAUAUCCUACAUCCCCACAUCCUACUCCGCGGCUCCACAAAACAUGGCCAGGCAACGGUUUGGCUCCCUAUUCGCGUUCCUGCUCUAUUCCCUCGUGUUUCCCUUUGUCAAUUCACAAGCACUUACCAAUGAUCAAAUAGACCAAGUGAAAACUCGCCUUGCUGAGGGUGCGAGACAGAGCUGGGAACUAGGCACGCGUGCACAAGCUCUCAUCGAGUACGACGUGCCAUUCUACUCGGUCUUGAAUGACACGUCUCUACCACCUCCCCAAGAUGGCCCAGCUGGCCAGCUUUCGGAAGUCUUCAGUAUUGUCCAGGAUGUCGUCGGCAAUCGCUCCCGAUCGAAUGACGAUAUUCAGGGUCCUCAGCCGUUCAUGCAGGAUGGCUCUGCAGCUGAUCCUGCAAGUCUCGGAGUGGCUGUUCUUCUCGCCAAUUGGACGGGUCUUUCAUCUUCGGACGGACUUGAUUAUGCUGGAGCAGCUCAAGACCAGCUUAAUUACCUCCUAAACGAAGUCCCUCGAACUAGUGAUGGUGCCAUAAGCCACCGAGUGUCUCAGGUACAGCUCUGGUCGGACUUUGUGUACAUGGUUCCGCCAUUCCUGGCGUACUAUGGUGUCCUUACCGAUAACCAGACCUUAGUUCGAGAGGCGUACAACCAGAUCAAGCUGUACAGGGACUACUUGCGAGAUGAUGGCGCCAAUGGGCUAUGGAAGCAUGUGCUCCUUGGGUCAUCUGGAAACGAUGAAGGACAUUGGUCUACGGGGAAUGCAUGGGCAGCGGCAGGAAUGUUACGUGUCCUUGGUACCAUCCAGCAUUCACCAUUCCCUAAAAGUUUCAAGAACGAGCAGAAAGACUUACAGAAAUGGGUGACGGAGAUCAUGGAUGGAAUGUAUCCUUGGCUGCAACCCAGUGGCUUAUUUAGGAACUACGCCGACAACAAUUCGACUUUCGAAGAUGCUUCAUCUACAGCUCUCCUUACAAGUGCUGUUUACCGACACUCCCUCCUAUCAGGUGUUCAUAGACACCUUCCUGAUGCCGAGAGAUCUCGACAAGCGCUCUCUGCUCCAGCCAAUUCUUCCAACCCGCCUGCGCCUAACAACUCGAAUUCGUCUCUAGUCCACUUCACAUCGAACAUGUGGCUCACUCCUGUCGUUAAUCCCCACUCAUACGGCGUCCAGGGCAGGGAGAGUCCAGAAGGUCAAGCAUUUGUCGUCGAGAUGCAGGCUGCAUGGAGGGAUUGGGUGAAUGAUGGAAGCAAGGGUGCGAAUGGUGCUCUUAAAACUGGCGGAAGUCCAAACGCCAUUGCUGUUGCGGUGGCUGCGAUACUGGCAUUACGACUCUGGUAGAUGGACAGCGGUGUUCUCGUCUUGGAUGCUUCAUGACUGGACAUGUUGUCGAUCUACUUAUUCUAGAUGUUGCUUACCCACAUCGUAGAUAUUAUUUUUGCUUCAUUUGUUUGAACUGAACUGUUGUACACUUGGAUUACUAUGUAAAUGUAGAUUAGUUGUCUUCGCUUACUUACUCUCACAUCUCUGCAGAUCAUACUAAUGUUUUUAGUAUACAAGAGGUUGACAUAUCUUUUGUCUUGGUUCUGUCGAAUUUGCUAUGAAGUUUAGGCCUAUAGGUUAGAUCAACAAUCGUUAUAGUGAUUGGAUG